AUGGAUCGGUACCAGAGGGUGGAGAAGCCGAGGGAGGAGGUGCCCAUCAAGGAGAAUGAGAUCCGCAUCACCACCCAGGGCAGGAUGCGCAACUACAUCACCUACGCCACCACCUUGUUCCAGGACAAAGGUUGCGAUGAAGUUGUAUUCAAGGCAAUGGGAAGGGCCAUAAACAAGACUGUCAUGAUUGCAGAAUUGAUCAAGAGGAGAAUUGUGGGUCUCCAUCAGAACACCGCCACGGAAUCUACUGAUAUUACUGAUACAUGGGAGCCAUUGGAGGAAGGCCUACUCCCCCUUGAGACGACAAGGCAUGUGUCUAUGAUUACUAUAACUCUUUCAAAGAAGGAGCUGGACACUUCCUCUGUCGGGUAUCAAUCUCCACUUCCAGCGGACAAGGUGAAGCCAUUUGUUGAAUAUGAUAAUGAAGAAGAUGUACACUCACCUCCUGGACGAGGAAGAGGACGUGGUCGAGGUCGUGGAAGGGGAAUGGGAAGGGGUAGAGGUGCACGUGGAAACGGAUAUGUGGAGUAUGGUGACGGUGGCUGGGAGGGUGAGCAUGCGCCUGUUUAUGCAGGCAAUGGGUAUGCUGACCAUGCUCCAGCUUAUGAAGGCAAUGGUUAUGCACGUGGUAGAGGCCGCGGUUUCAGAGGCCGUGGCAGGAGAGGUGGCUAUGGUGGCCAGCCUGAUUAUCAGCAAGAGGGAGGAAGAGGUGGCUAUGGAGGCCACCGGGAUUAUCAGCACGAUGGAGGGUAUUAUGACGAUGCACCAGCACCACCCCGAGGUGGUGGCCGUGGUUUCAGGGGCCGUGGCAGGAGAGGUGGAUACGGUGGCCAGCCUGAUUAUCAGCAAGACGGAGGGUUUUACGAUGAGGCACCUCCUGCACCUGCUGGAGGCCGCGGCCGUGGUCGUGGGAGAGGCCCAGCCCGGGGCAGAGGGCGUGGUGGCAAUACCAAUGGCAUGGUGUACGCCGCUGCUUCCACUGCGUAAGCUGGUUGCAGCUCCUCUGAAGCUGUUGCCGUUAGUUGGAUGCCUGCUCCAAGUAUGAAGAUGUAUCAUCUGUGUUGUUUGUCGGUUGACAUAUACUUUGUAUAAGCUUGACAUUCAUUGUGAAUGCGGCCAGAUUUUGAUCUGUGACUAGGUCUGUAGGGUAGCUCCUGUUAUGAUUGUGCUUUCUUUUUCCAAGUAGAUGUCAAGCUAAUUGUAGCUAUCAGUUGGUAAAGGUUUAGAGCAGGGCAUUCUUUUAAAUUUUUAC